UCGCCGUGAUGAUAGACCUGAGCUCAAAUUUACUAAUUUCGCUUGUCUCAAUAUUAUCCAACGCCUCCCCUGUCUCCUUCGCCCUCUACGAAUUCAUUUUGGCCAAUGACGAGGUUUUCGACAACUGUCCCCAAAUACCGGGCAAUCGGGGAAUACACGAUCUCUUUGAUAUGGCAAAUGUGACAUUGGUUUACAGUGAAGGUCGUGUUACCAUCGGUGGCAGUGGUGUCUGUAACUGGGAGGGCAUGCAACCCAACGAUCGCAUACGUAGCAGAGCCGAAUUGUUGAAAUAUCAUCGCGGAACUUGGCAGCCAACACCAUUAUCGUCGGCCACGAAUAAUUUUUGUGAAACAUUGUUUGAUCCAACAUCGCUGACCUAUCAUAUGUGGGGUCGUCACAUUGUUGAAAGCGAACGCAAAUGUGUUAGCAACUAUGGGCACAUCUACCACUACUGCCAUUUUAUGGUGGACACCGUGCUUGAGUUUCCCUGGAAUAUUGAGGGACGCCAUAAACUUGUGUACCGAAGUAGGGCUUAUGACUCGACGUCGAAUCGGCCACGUCCCAAAGAAAUAUGUAUUCAAGUUUUUGGUGAAUUUAUUAAAGUGAAAUAAUAUCUCGAUGGAGGAUCAUGUGAACUAAAAUUUAACUACCGAAGUAGGGGAAAUUGGGGUCGCCACAACUCAUAAAGUGCUUG